AUGAAGCUCUUCGACUUGGAUGAUGGCGAUGAAGAUAUAGAAGAGCUUGCCGCCUCCCCGCUGUUUACCCAACCUGUUCUUCAAUAUGGAGCUUCUUUAGAAGAAAGUCCGUUCACCCAAUACGGGCUACUUGGGCGCGUGAUUGAGAACAACAGCAUGGACGGACUUAGCGACGACGAUGCUGCAAAAGACCGUAUGCUCUUUUUCAAUGCAACGGCGCCGUCAAGUGUCUUCAUAUGCGGAAGUCAAGGUUCUGGAAAGAGCCACACCCUGAGCUGUCUCUUGGAGAACUGCCUCAUGCAGUCAGAAGCAAAUGUUUUGCCGCGUCCGCUGACAGGUAUAGUCUUCCACUACGAUCCCUGGGUAUCUGACUCUAGAGGUUCGCCUUGCGAGGCAGCCUAUCUGGCUUCCGCCGAAGACGUCUCGGUGAGAGUUCUAUGCCCGCCCACCAACGUGCGACAGAUCGAGAAAAUUUAUUCCAAGCUGCCAAGUGUCAAAGUGGAAACACUACGCAUCAACCAGGCCGACUUGAAUACAAAACGGAUGAUGGAUUUGAUGGCAGUCAGUUCCGUUCAGGGCGGCAUGCCAUUAUAUCUGCACGUUGUGCAGCGUAUUCUACGAGACCUGCGCAUCGAGCAGCAAGAUAACAAUACCACAUUCAAUUAUCGCAAGUUCAAGGAUCGUCUUUUGAACGAGGACCUGGCCGCUGGCCAACUCGCGCCUCUUCAGCAGCGACUCGAUACGCUAGAGAGCUUCAUGGUAAAGGAGCAAGUAGCCAACUCGUCAAAUAAAAGCGCCAAACGCAAUAUGGGUAAAGGAAUUGAUUGGGAGCCAAAAGCGGGCCAGCUCACCAUAAUUGACCUCUCAUGCCCUUGCGUAACGGAGGAGACAGCAUGCUCUCUCUUCAAUAUUUGCCUUGAUCUCUUCUUGGAGCAGAACCCUGAUGUUGGUCGUGUAGUGGCUUUAGAUGAAGCGCACAAAUACAUGACAGGCACGGAUGAGUGUGAAGUGCUGACGAACUCACUUCUUUCAAACAUUCGUUUGCAGCGCCACCUAGGCCUCAGAGUGAUUAUAUCGACCCAAGAGCCUACCAUUUCGCCAAAGCUGCUAGAUCUGUGCUCCGUUACGAUUGUGCACCGAUUCACCUCUCCGGACUGGCUCCAGAGUCUGAAGAAACACUUGGCUGGCGCAUCAAUCUCGCUUCUGAGUAAGGAUCCGUCACCGAGCAAUGGUUGCUCCAAUGGCGAAUAUGACAAGAAUAGCCUUGUUGCGGGCCUCAACCCCAAUGAUUUUGCGAUGAAGCUCUUCAGCAAGAUCGUAGCUCUUCGGCGCGGCCAAGCCCUCUUGUUUUGCCCAUCCGCCAUGAUCGACGUGCACACAACGCCACUCAAACCGGAGAACGGAUCCUCUGCCAAAAAUGGGUGGAAUGAUGAUGAGGGGGAAUCUGUGCCGGAGGAGGUGAACCCACAGCUUGUGAAGCUGUCUCAUGGCCACAUGAAGAUUCGGGUGCGGAAGAGGGUCACGCAAGAUGGAGGAAGAAGCAUUCUUGCCGUAUAA